AUGGCUGCCCUUGGAUACACCCUGCCCUUCUAUACUGGCGCCAAGCCUACCUUCCCAAUGGACACAGCUUUGGCUGUUAUAAUCACCAUCUUCCUGACUGCACUGGUCACCUUUAUCAUCAUCCUCCCUGGCAUUCGUGGGAAGACGAGGCUGUUCUGGAUGCUGCGGGUGGUGACCAGUUUAUUCAUCGGGGCUGUGAUCCUGGCUGUGAAUUUCAGUUCCGAGUGGUCUGUGGGCCAAAUCAACACCAACACGACAUACAAAGCGUUCAGUCCCAAGUGGGUCAGCGUGGACGUGGGACUGCAGAUCGGGCUCGGAGGAGUCAACAUCACACUCACAGGGACCCCAGUGCAGCAGCUGAAUGAAACCAUCAACUACAAUGAGGAGUUCCUGUGGCGCCUGGGAGGGAGCUACGCAGAGGAGUACACAAAGGCGCUGGAGAGGGGGCUUCCAGACCCGGUGCUCUACCUGGCUGAGAAGUUCACCCCUCAAAGCCCAUGUGGGCUGUACAACCAGUACCGCCUGGCAGGACACUAUGCCUCAGCCAUGCUGUGGGUGGCAUUCCUCUGCUGGCUGCUGGCCAAUGUGAUGCUGUCUAUGCCGGUGCUGAGUUAUGGUGGCCACAUGCUGCUGGCUACUGGCUUCUUCCAGCUGGUGGCACUUUUCUUCUUCUCUAUGGCCACAUCGUUCCUAUCACCCUGUCCGCUGCGCUUGGGCACCUCUGUGCUGCACACUCACCAUGGGCCUGCUUUCUGGAUCACACUGGCCACAGGGCUGCUGUGUAUUCUGCUUGGCCUAGCCAUGGCAGUGGCCCACAGGAUGCAACCUCACAGACUGAAGGCUUUCUUCAACCAGAGUGCAGAGGACUCAGUGCUGGAGUGGGGUUCUGAGGAAGGGGGACUCCUGAGCCCCCGUUACAGGUCCAUGGCUGAGAGUCCUGAGACCCAGGACAUUCCCAUGUCAGAAGCUUCCUCUGAAACGUGUUUCAAGGAAGAAUGCAUCAAACCGUCUGACUGUGCCCUGUGA